AUGGCGACUUCUUUCGCGCCAUUAUCCAUUUCAGUUGGUGGAUCUCAUCUCAAGUCAUCUCUGGUUGGACCUAAGCUUGCUGUUCAAAGGAAAUCAAACUUUACGAGCAGAAAGAACCUCACUUCACCACUUCGUGCAGAAUACCGUGAUAACAGAGGAGGUGGAGGUGGGGAGUUGCUUACUGGCUUUCUUCUGGGGGGUGCUAUUUUUGGAACCCUGGCUUAUGUUUUUGCUCCCCAGAUCAGAAGAACUGUGCUAGAUGAAAAUGAACAUGGGUUUCGGAGGGCCACAAAACCAAUAUAUUAUGAAGAAGAGAUAGAGAGGACCAGUGAGACCUCGAAUGACAAAAUAGGCCAACUACUCGCAGCCAUUGAUAGUAUAUCUCCCCGUCUGAAUAGCAACAACAAGAAAGUGGCUAAAGAAAGUGAUCCUGAAGUUGAAGCGAUAUAA